AAAAAAAUCCACCACCAUCUUCCCCACCAACCACCAGCCACCGGCUGCCACCCCUUUCCCCUUCCCCGGCGUCUGCUAGCACCCCCUCCCCGCCCUCCGACGCCGGCCGCGCCCAGAUAUCCCUCCUCCGGCGUGGACUCCGCUCCCCUAGUUAGUCGUUUCAAGGCGGGGCGUUUUAUGGUGGGGUUAGGGUGGGGUACGUCGUUUUAGGGGUGGAUGUCGCUGGGGUAGGGUGUUUCGAGGGUGGGUGUUUCUGGGAUGAGGUGGCUGGUCGUGAGUGUUUUGUGCUGGGGGUGGUCGGUUUUUAGGGAAAGAGUGGGGUGGCUGCCUGGGUUCUUGGCUGGAAUCAAUGGACGAAGGAGGGGAAGGGGAAAAGGAUAAGGAAGGAGGAAAGGUGAUGGAGUUGGCUCCGGCAAGGGGAGGGAUUAGCUCCGGCAGGGGGAGGUGGGUCGGUCCGACAAGGGAAAUGAUCGGCGCCGAUGCCGUGGGAGGGGAGAUCUAGGCGCGGCCGGCGCUGAGGGCUGGGUUGACAGGUUGCCGGGGAAGGGGAAGGUCGCCGGGGAAGGGGAAAGGGUGGCUGGUGGUGGAGGGCGAGGUUGAACAAAUUUCACUAAUGAAGCCGAAAGCUCAAGGACCUCAUGAUGAAGAGUUUUCUCUAUUCAGCUUUUAGUAUUGCAAGAUAAUAAGUCAUAUUCUUUGUAUUUAUGAUUAGAAGCUCUAAAUGAGAAGAGAUCUGGAGUUGUGCAGAUGGUCAAGUUGGCCGAGAAAGAAAGAGACAGCUUAGAGGAUGUGAAGAAUGAGGCAGAAUCUUUUAUGCUGAAGGAACUAUCACUGUUUAAAUGGCAAGAGAGAGCUACAAAACUUGCUGCUGAAGACAACAAUGCUAAAAUGGCUGAGCUGCAAAAUAACUUGUCCAGCUUGGAAGAAAGUUUGAAGUUGAAAAGAGAGGAGAUCCAGGGAAAUAAAUCUACUUUGAAGGAGCUUGAGACUUUGCACAAUAAAUAUCUCAAGAGACAAGAGGAACUUGAUAAUGACCUCAGGAGUUGCAAAGAGGAGUUUAAAGAGUUUGAAAGGCAAGAUGUUCAAUAUCGUGAAGAUUAUAAGCACAUGAAGCAAAAGAUAAAGAAGCUCGAAGAUAAAAUUGAAAAGGAUUCGUCGAAGAUCAAUGACUUUACAAAGGAUUGUGAGAAUGCCACACAAGCAAUUCCAAAACUGGAGGAAGAUAUUCCUAAGCUGCAAAAGCGCUUGGUGGAAGAAGAGAAGGUUUUGGAAGAAAUAAAAGAGAAAUCUAAAGGUGAAACUGAGAUUCAUCGUUCUGAGUUGGCCAAGAUGAUUACACUUGGCGGAGAUGCAGAGCUGGAGUUAGUGGAUUCUUUAGAUCCUUUUUCUGAAGGGGUUGUUUUCAGCGUGAGACCACCAAAAAAGAGCUGGAAGAACAUUGCAAAUUUGUCAGGUGGUGAAAAGACUCUCAGCUCUUUAGCGCUUAUUUUUGCUCUUCAUCACUACAAACCUACCCCACUUUAUGUGAUGGAUGAGAUUGAUGCUGCACUUGUUGAAUGCUUUGCCUUUGGUGAAGGUGUUAGUGAGCUGGGUGUAUCUGCUGUGAAGAAUAUGCAUCAGGGGUACCCUACUGAUCACAUAUGAGAUUUCUCAAAGCUAGGGAUUGGAAUGUCGAGAAGGCACACAAAAUGUUGUUUGACAGCUUAAAUUGGAGGGUGCAAAAUGAUAUUGACAAUAUACUAUCAGACUUUCAGGUUACUCAAAAGAGGAAAAACUGUCUUCAUCUAUUUCCUCUGGGUGCAUUUGGCUUACGUGUCCAGGAAAAAACUUUACAUCUCUACCCAUCAAUCUUUUUAUCCAUCCCUCAGCAUUCUGUCUUAUUUUUGGAGUGGUUUGCAGAUGUCGGAGUGAUUAACAUCUCAGUUCAUUGUAAAAUCAAGCUGGUUUCCAGAAGAAGGCUUUGAAAAAUUCAGGUUGAAUCUCUUGUCAAAGUUUAGCAAGAUAUGGGAGAUACCAGGUCUAGGUUCUCAAACCGAGAUUUCAUUUGCCGGAACUUUUGUUAGCAGUGCUAUUGCUGCUUAGUUUGCUGAGUAGUAGUCUUAUUCCAGCAGCAGCAGCUUAUUUCAGCAGCAGCAGCAUAUUUCAGCAGCAGCAGAAAAUUUCAGCAGCAGCAACAGAUUUCUGCAGAAGCAAAUUUCAACAGCAGCAGCUUAUUUCAGCAGAAGCAGA